GCGCCGGGAGUUCGCUGCUCGAUCAAUAGCGACAGUACUGUACAACGGAUUGCUGUGUUCGCUCUUGUGCGUCGCUCGCGUAUCAGAUAAUACCCCAAAAUACAGUGCAGUGAAAUUGUGUUUUGGAUUUGACAUGAGAUAGUCCUCGCUUCGGAAGAACUGAUUGUGGCGCGGUGAGGUGCACCAGGUCGCCAUGACGACCGACAUCUCGGUGUCCCGCUGGGACCCGUCCGUGGGCCAUGGCCAGGAGAUCAUCGAUGAGAUCGAGUACGAUGGCGGCAACUCGUCGUCGAGGCUUUUCGAACGAUCGCGCAUCAAGGCGCUUGCAGACGAACGAGAAAGCGUACAAAAGAAGACGUUUCAAAAAUGGGUGAACUCACACUUGGUGCGAGUGGGUUGCCGCAUCAGCGACCUCUACGUGGACAUGCGGGACGGCAAGAUGCUCAUCAAACUGCUAGAAGUUCUCUCAGGGGAGAGAUUGCCUCGUCCAACAAAAGGCAAAAUGCGUAUCCACUGCUUGGAGAACGUGGACAAAGCGCUGCAGUUUCUGCGCGAGCAGCGAGUGCACCUCGAGAACAUGGGCUCCCACGACAUCGUAGAUGGAAACCCGAGGCUCAACUUGGGUCUCAUAUGGACAAUUAUUUUGCGAUUCCAGAUUCAAGACAUCACCAUAGAAGAGACAGAUAACAAAGAGACAAAAUCCGCGAAGGAUGCGCUCUUAUUAUGGUGUCAAAUGAAGACAGCCGGCUACAACAAUGUGAAUGUUCGUAACUUCACGACAUCCUGGCGCGACGGUUUGGCGUUUAACGCUAUCAUACAUAAGCACAGACCGGAUCUCAUACAGUUUGAGAAACUGCACAGAAGCAAUCCGAUGCAUAACUUGAAUAAUGCCUUCAAUGUUGCCGAGGAGAAACUGGGACUGACUAAGCUGUUGGAUGCUGAAGACAUUGCCGUCGACCAUCCGGACGAGAAGUCUAUCAUCACCUAUGUGGUGACAUACUACCACUACUUCAGCAAGAUGAAACAGGAGACGGUGCAGGGCAAGAGGAUCGGCAAGGUGGUCGGCAUCGCCAUGGAGAACGAGAAGAUGAUGCACGAAUACGAGACUUUGACUAGUGAUCUUCUGCAAUGGAUCGAGCGUACCAUCGAAGCGCUCGGCGAUCGCACCUUCGCGAACUCCUUGGAAGGUGUGAGACAGCAAUUGAUACAGUUUGCCAACUACCGCACUGUCGAGAAACCGCCCAAGUUCGUAGAAAAGGGCAACCUGGAAGUGCUACUGUUCACGCUACAGUCCCGCAUGCGCGCCGCCAACCAAAAGCCAUACACGCCGCGCGAGGGCCGCAUGAUACACGACAUCAACCGUGCCUGGGAACGGCUGGAGAAGGCUGAGCACGAGCGCGAGCUGGCCUUGAGGGAGGAGCUGAUUAGGCAGGAGAAGCUGGAACAGCUUGCUGCCAGAUUCAACCGCAAAGCGCAGAUGCGUGAGACGUGGCUCUCGGAGAACCAGCGGCUGGUGAGCCAGGACAACUUCGGUUUCGACCUCACCGCUGUUGAGGCGGCGGCCAAGAAGCACGAAGCCAUCGAAACUGACAUCUUCGCGUAUGAAGAGCGCGUGCAGGCGGUUGUCGCUGUUUGCGGAGAGUUGCAGGCUGAACGGUACCAUGAUAUGGAGCGCGUGUGCGCGCGGCGCGACAACGUGCUGCGGCUGUGGGCCUACCUGCUGGAGCUGCUGCGCGCGCGCCGCGCCCGCCUCGAGCUCAGUCUGCAGCUGCAGCAGAACUUCCAGGAAAUGCUAUACAUUCUGGAUUCAAUGGAGGAGAUCAAGAUGCGCCUCCUUACAGACGACUACGGCAAACAUCUCAUGGGCGUUGAGGACUUGUUGCAGAAACAUGCUCUUGUUGAGGCAGACAUCAAUGUACUUGGCGAAAGAGUCAAGGUGGUUGUAGGGCAAUCGCAGCGGUUCCUCGAAGUGGAAGAGGGCAGUUACCGGCCGUGCGACCCCGCCAUCACCGUGGAGCGCAUCCAGCAGCUGGAGAACGCGUACGCUGAGCUGGUGCACCUCGCGGUUGAGAGGAGGAAGCGCCUGGAAGACAGCCGUAAGCUGUGGCAGUUCUACUGGGACAUGGCUGAUGAAGAGAACUGGAUCAAGGAGAAGGAACAGAUCGUGUCUGUCGAUGAUAUUGGUCAUGACCUUACAACUGUGUACCUGCUGAUAUCAAAGCACAAGGCGUUGGAAGCGGACGUGUCAGCGCACGAGCCGCAACUCAUGGACGUCGCCGCCGUCGGGGAUGAACUCAUCUCGCAAGGCCACUUUGGUGCAGAUCGCAUACAGGAGCGGCUCCGCGACAUCCUGUCGCAGUGGAACCACCUGCUGGACGUGGUGUCGCUGCGCAACAACCGGCUGGACGCGGCCGUGCGCUACCACCAGCUGUUCGCCGACGCGGACGACAUCGACGCCUGGAUGCUGGAUACAUUGCGGUUGGUCUCAUCCGAAGACACCGGUGUGGAUGAAGCUCAAGUGCAAAGCUUGUUGAAGAAACACAAGGACGUCACCGAUGAACUCAAGCACUAUGCGAAUGUUAUUCAGCAACUCAAGCAACAGGCUAGCGAGCUGAGCCCCGAGGACGCGAGCAGCGCGGAGGUGCGCGAGCGGCUCGGCGCCAUGGACGCGCGGCUCGGCGAGCUGUCCGAGCUGGCGCGGCUCCGCAAGCAGCGGCUGCUCGACGCGCUGUCGCUGCACAAGCUGCUCGCCGAGGCGGACGCGGCCGACCAGUGGAUCGCCGAGAAGGACCGCAUGCUCGACACCAUGCACCCGCCCAAGGACAUCGACGACGUGGAGAUCAUGAAGCACAGGUACGACGGUUUCGACAAAGAGAUGAACGCGAACGCGUCCCGCGUGGCCGUGGUUAACCAGCUGGCUAGGCAACUGAUUCACGUGGAGCACCCAGAGGCGCCACGCAUACAGGAGCGGCAGGCGCAGCUCAACCAGGCCUGGAGCGCGUUGAGGGAGAAGGCCGAGGCAAAGAAGGAUGAACUGAAGUCCGCGCAAGGUGUACAGACGUUCUACAUCGAAUGCCGAGAGACCGUCUCGUGGAUCGAAGACAAGAAACGCAUCCUGCAACAGACCGACAACUUGGAGAUGGAUCUCAAUGGUGUUAUGACACUCCAGCGCCGCCUGUCGGGCAUGGAGCGCGACCUGGCCGCCAUACAAGCGCGCAUCACGUCGCUGGAGAACGAGGCGAGCGCCAUCGAGGACGAGCACCCGGAGGAGGCGCGCCUCAUACGCGACAGGGUCGUUACCAUCACGGACAAUUGGGAGCAGCUUACACAGAUGCUCAAAGAACGCGACGCCAAGUUGGAGGAGGCCGGCGAUCUUCACCGUUUCCUCCGUUCCGUGGACCACUUCCAGGCCUGGCUUACCAAGACCCAGACCGAUGUUGCUUCAGAAGAUAUUCCAUCAAGUCUUCCGGAGGCGGAGAAGCUGCUAUCUCAACAUCAGACCAUCAAGGAGGAAAUCGACAACUACAAAGACGAGUACGCCAAGAUGAUGGAGUAUGGAGAGAAGAUUACUGCCGAGCCGUCGACAGCGGACGACCCGCAGUACAUGUUCCUGCGCGAGCGGCUGAAGGCGCUGCGCGAGGGCUGGGCGGAGCUGCAGCAGAUGUGGGAGAACCGCCAGCAGCUGCUCGCGCAGUCGCUCGAGCUGCAGCUGCUGCAGCGCGACGCGCGCCAGGCCGAGGUGCUGCUCGCGCACCAGGACCACCGGCUAGCAAAGACCGAGCCCCCGGCAAACUUGGAACAAGCGGAGAACAUGAUCAAGGAACACGAGGCCUUCCUGACCACUAUGGAAGCGAACGACGACAAGAUCAACUCUGUGGUCCAAUUUGCGAAUCGCCUCGUAGAAGAGAGACACUUCGACGCAGACAAAAUCCAACGCAAGGCUGAGAGCAUCCGCGCCAGACGUGACGCCAACAGAGAGAAGGCCCUCCAACAAAUGGAGAAACUCCAAGAUCAACUGCAAUUGCAUCAAUUCCUUCAAGAUUGCGACGAACUCGGCGAAUGGGUACAAGAAAAGAACGUAACUGCGCAAGACGAUACCUACCGCUCAGCAAAAACCAUUCACUCCAAGUGGACCCGUCAUCAAGCCUUCGAAGCCGAAAUCGCAGCGAACAAGGAACGUUUGUUCGCUGUACAGAACGCGGCUGAGGAACUCAUGAAGCAGAAACCCGAAUUCGUUGAAAUUAUAUCACCUAAAAUGCACGAGCUACAGGAUCAGUUUGAAAAUCUUCAAACAACUACGAAGGAUAAGGGUGAGCGUCUAUUUGACGCUAACCGCGAAGUCCUUCUUCACCAGACCUGUGACGAUAUUGACUCAUGGAUGAAUGAGUUGGAGAAACAGAUCGAGAACACAGACACGGGAACUGAUCUGGCAUCUGUGAAUAUUCUUAUGCAGAAGCAACAGAUGAUCGAGACUCAGAUGGCGGUCAAAGCCAAGCAGGUCACCGAACUCGAAACGCAAGCGGAAUACCUGCAAAAGACCGUACCUGACAAAAUGGAGGAGAUUAAAGAGAAGAAGAAGUCUGUGGAGCAACGUUUCGAACAACUCAAAGCGCCAUUGCUCGAGCGCCAACGCCAACUGGCCAAGAAGAAGGAAGCGUUCCAGUUCCGUCGCGAUAUCGAGGAUGAGAAGUUAUGGAUCCAUGAAAAGAUGCCGUUAGCGACCAGCACAGACUACGGCAAUUCCUUGUUCAAUGUGCAAAUGUUGCAGAAGAAAAAUCAAUCAUUGAAAACGGAGACUGACAACCACGAGCCAAGGAUUCUCACAGUUAUUUCUAAUGGACAGAAGCUUAUUGACGAAGGACAUGAAGAUUCGCCUGAAUUCAAGAGGCUUAUUGAUGAGCUAACCGCGCGGUGGCGAGAACUUAAAGAUGCCAUCGAAGAACGUAAAAACAAACUGUCACAGUGGGAGAAGGCUCACCAAUAUCUAUUCGACGCUAACGAAGCUGAGGCCUGGAUGAGUGAACAGGAAUUGUACAUGAUGGUAGAAGACCGCGGCAAAGAUGAGAUUUCCGCCCAGAACCUGAUCAAGAAGCACGAGAUCCUAGAGCAAGCGGUCGACGACUACGCGAACACAAUCCGCCAGCUCGGCGAGACUGUCCGUCAGCUCACUGCUGAAGAACAUCCUCUUAGCGAACAGAUCUCCGUGAAACAGUCCCAAGUGGACAAACUAUACGCUGGCCUAAAGGACCUCGCUGGCGAGAGACGCGCCAAACUGGACGAGGCUCUGAGACUCUUCCAGCUGUCCAGAGAGGUGGACGACCUCGAGCAAUGGAUCACUGAGCGUGAACUGGUCGCCAGCUCGCAAGAGCUCGGACAGGAUUACGAGCAUGUUACUCUGCUAUGGGAGCGCUUCAAGGAGUUCGCGCGUGAAACCCAAAUGGUCGGGUCGGAGCGCGUGGCCACCGCCGAGCGCAUCGCCGACCAGAUGAUCGCCAUGGGGCACUCCGACAACGCCACCAUCGCGCAGUGGAAGGAGGGCCUCAAGGAGACCUGGCAGGAUCUGCUCGAGCUUAUCGAUACCAGGACACAGAUGCUGGCGGCGUCGCGCGAGCUGCACAAGUACUUCCACGACUGCAAGGACACGCUGCAGCGCGUGAACGAGAAGGCGCGCGGCGUCAGCGACGAGCUCGGCCGCGACGCGCUCUCCGUGUCCGCGCUGCAGCGCAAGCACCACAACUUCAUGCAGGACCUGUCCACGCUGCACAACCAGGUGGAGGCGAUCGGCGCGGAGUGCUCGCGGCUGGGCGCGUCGUACGCGGGCGAGAAGGCGGCGGAGAUCACGCGGCGCGCGGCCGAGGUGGCGGACGCGUGGGCGGCGCUGCAGGCCGCGUGCGAGGCGCGCCGCGCCAAGCUCGAGGACGCCGACCAGCUGUACCGGUUCCUCAGCCAGGUGCGCACGCUCACCAUCUGGAUGGACGACGUCGUGCGCUCCAUGAACACCGGCGAGAAGCCCAGGGACGUGAGCGGCGUGGAGCUGCUGAUGAACAACCACCAGUCGCUGAAGGCGGAGAUAGAGGCGCGCGAGGAGAACUUCGCGGCGUGCAUCGCGCUGGGCCGCGAGCUGCUGGCGCGCCAGCACUACGCGUCCGCCGACAUACGCGACAAGCUGCACGCGCUGUCCGACCAGCGCAACGCGCUGCUGCGCCGCUGGGAGGAGCGCUGGGAGAACCUGCAGCUCAUCCUGGAGGUGUACCAGUUCGCGCGCGACGCGGCGGUGGCGGAGGCGUGGCUGAUCGCGCAGGAGCCGUACCUGAUGUCGCAGGAGCUGGGGCACACCAUCGACGAGGUGGAGAGCCUCAUCAAGAAGCACGAGGCGUUCGAGAAGUCGGCCGCCGCGCAGGAGGACCGCUUCAGCGCGCUGCAGAGACUCACCACGUUCGAAGUGAAAGAAAUGAAGCGCCGCCAAGAAGCCGCUGAAGCGGCUGAACGCGAGCGCAAGGAGCGCGAAGCGGCUGAGGCCGCAGCGGCUGCAGCGGCUGCACAGGACGCGGUCGACCGCGCCGCCUCGCCCGAACCACAACAACCCGUCGUAAGGAGAACAUCCACUAAAGCGGCUGAAAAGGCCCAAGAGCGACCGCAUUCCCAGCCAGCGCCCGGAACGAGCUCGAGCCCGGCCACGCCGUCGACUUCCGGUAAGGUGAAGUCUCGGUCGCGAAGCAAGUCGCCGUUCCGAAGCUUCCGCUGGCGCACCGCUAAGAAACUUCUCACUGGAGCCCACCACAGCGAUGACGAAGAGGGCGCUAGUCCCGGAGGGGAAGAUGAAGGCGUAGAAGGCAUGUUGGUCCGCAAACAUGAAUGGGAAACGGCUUCCAAGCGUGCUUCCAACAGAUCAUGGGACAAAGUGUACGUGGUGGCCAAGGACGGGCGCAUGUCGUUCUACAAGGACGCGAAGGCGUACAAGGCGGCGCCUGAACAGCACUGGCGGGGCGAAGCGCCGCUGGACCUCAACGGUGCUGUCGUCGAGCAGGCCGCCAACUACACCAAGAAGAAGCACGUCUUCCGUCUUAGGCUGUCGAACGGCGCGGAGUUCCUGCUGCAGGCGCACGACGAGGCGGAGAUGGGCGCGUGGGUGGACGCGCUGCGCUCGCGCACGGCCGCGCCCGCGCCGCGCUCGCACACGCUGCCCGCGCACGCGCCCAGCGAGCCCAAGCGCCGCUCCUUCUUCACGCUCAAGAAGAACUAAGCAGCACGGGAGCGUCAGACAGGCGGCCGUAGCCAGCAUCACAUGUUUCUCAUUACGCACUCGUCCCCCCGUACUCAGUGCGGCGUGCAGCCGCGCGUGCCGCACAGCGCGUACGGCACGUACGGCGCGUACAGUACGUACAGCACGCGCCGCACGCCCGCGUACGCACCCGGGACGAUGCAAUUUCUCACGACGCUUGCUGCCGUAAGCUUUGCUAAUGACGAAAUCGUGUCGAGCGGCCCCAAGACGACUGUCUUACAAACAUGAUUGUUAUUAUUUUGUUGCGUACAAAAAAUACGUUAUUUAAGACUGUUCGAUAUUUGAGUGUUUGAAUUGUUUGCCUUCGAUAUUUAUUGUUCGGCGAAUCGGCCCGACUAACGCGUAUGCAUGAUCCCACCCUUUCGUAUAAUUGUUGUGACUUUAACUAUUUUAAAUGAGACAUGUUAUAGAAAUUUCUAAAUGCGACGCUAUUUAUUCAUAGACGACCUCUAUUUUAUAAAACUCAGAUGAUAAAUAUAAUAUGUAAUUUAUAUAUAUCGAUAUUAAUAUAUGAAAAAUUAAAAAUAUAAAUGUAUAUUCAUUUGAACUAGAAAUGUAUGUCGUUCGAUUAAAUUAACAGCUGAUUACAAAAUCUAGAUGUUUUAAUAGAGUAAUAAUUAUUAAUUAUUGACCAAUAAUUUAUGUAUUGACGGAAUUUGAAUAUCGCAUUUGAUUAUAGCUAGAAUUGUAACCGCAUUUAACAGUAAUAAUUGACGACCCAGUGAUCGACGUUUAUUGUUUGACAGCUUGGUGGAACGUGAUUUUAAGCUACGUAUAUUUUAGGAAUAAUUUCCAUUAAUGAAGUGUCUUCUUAAUGUACACCGACGUCGCUGACCGGCGAGGUUUGCUAUUAAAUUUAAUGUUUAUACAUCAAUUUCAUAAUAUUUUUCUUAAUAGACUUGCAUGUAGACUAGCCGGUAGUCGAGAGUGCGCGGUGAGCGAUGUCGGGGUAUUGACCUAGUAAACUUGUAAGUAUGCUUCGCAUCGUAAUGUGCUUAUAAGAAUAACGUAUUAUUUCUUAAUAAUUAUUUUACUGCCAUUUUUCACAAAUUGUUAAUUUCUCUUAUAAAUUAUAAUAAUACGUAUUUUCACCCUAUACUUAGAUGUUACGAUCACACAUUUUUAGUUCUUUACAUAUUUAUAUUGAAUAGAAAAUGCGCGUGUGUGUGUGCGGCGACGCUUGCACCGCCUUAUGUCACACCACCGCAUGUAUUACCUACGUUUAAAUAUUUUAUUUUUAAAUUUUACUUUUUUGAGGAAAUAUAAUAAACGAUGUUUUCAAAUA